AUGGCAAUAUCAGGGGAUAACCGUGCGCCGAGCCCAUUCCUAUCGAUCACGCCCAUGGCAUGGAACACCAUCGCCCAGUUCAAGCUGCUCCUCACCCGCCUUCUCCCGUUCUCAGUAGCACACCCGAUAACGGGCUUGGCGGAUCGGUACUUGAUACCCGGACACACCGGCUCCUGGGAUCGAACGGGUUUAGGGACGUUCCUAGAUGAUCUACGAGGCGGCGGCGGCGGCGGCGCCGGGUACGGGAGGAACUUUGCGAUUGUGCUGUUUGCGAUCCUGGUAAACCAUGUCCGGCGCGUGUUGUUCCCUUCCACUGCGGUCGGCGGGUACGCGGGUCCGAUUGGUAUGCUUAAGCUCGCCGCUGGGAGUCCCGAGUUAUUCCUCCUGGAGGAAUUCGAGAUGGGGUUUCCCGGGAGGAACUGGGGGUAUCGGAGUGGCGCUCUGGCCAAGAUCGCGUGGGAUUGGGUCGGGAUAUUUGCGGGGGAAACGUUGAAUGGCGGUGUGGCGAAACUUGAUGCGCGAAACAGAUGGAAAGAUGCUGCUCGCGGGGAUGGUGUCCGCCCUGCUGCCGGACGGCCGGUGAAAGCCACGCAGGAAGAUUGGGGGAGAGAGGCGGACGGCGAGAGGAUUGAGAGGAAGAUAAGCACCGUUGCUGCCGUGGUCGUGGUGGUUUGGUAUCUUGGUGCGGCGGAGUACAUCCACGCACGGAUCGCGCACGUGGUCUCUGUCGGGAUUGCGUAUUGGAAGAUGGCGAGCGGCGGGGACGUGUAUAGGGAUGCUUUAUGGAGGGCUUUUGUCCCGGGCGGUUCGCUUCCUCGCGGUGCCGGGUUCGUUGAGGUUAUCGAGGCUUUUGUUACGGGGUUUUGGAAGAAUGGUGAUAAGUUCCGGAUCAUCUUUUUCCAUUUCGAGCUGUGGGUUUAUCUUGUAUAUGCGAUAUAUCCGCUUCUACGGCUCGCUCUGCUCAGGGCGGUGGGAUUCGGGCAGACGAGAGGGAGGGGUGGAGUGAGGUGGCUUGGGCCGAGUCCUGGACUGGCCGGGGUGCUUGCCGGGUGGGUUUGGUUAACGGGAUACGUGGCGAAGUACUCGAACAAGUAUUAUAUCGGGUUGCAGGUGAGUGAGGCGUUGCUUGUUGGGUGGUGGGCUUUUGCGGCGGUGGUUGGGGUUGUGGUUGUGGUUGUUCGGGAUAGGAUUCGGAAGAUGAGGAGUCGGGUUGAGGGGGCGAGGCGUUAG